CACUUUACCCUCCUUACGAUCUCCAUCGUGCUACAACACAUCAAUAUGCUUAUGUACAUGGCAACACCAACAACCACGCGACGAACCACUACACGAGACAAGACGAAACGAACUCUUUUUUUCUAUUUUACUUCUCGAGUUCAUGCUUAGGAGUUUGGAAUCUAGACAUGGAGUAGAUGUCACUACAAUUUUCUUUUACUUCAGGGAUGGGACUUCUGGUUUUGGGUUUCACUUUAGCGCAGGAGUAGGCAAACACAAUUGGGUGUUUCUUUUGGGUUAUAUCUUCUUUUUUUUUUUUUUUUUUUUUGCCAAAGAGAUGAUGGAUGAAGCAUGGCUAAAACAAUUACAAAACUUGGAUUUGAAUUUUGAAGACUCCCAGCUCAUGAACAAUCAUAUCCUGUUCCUUGCCUCUGGUUCCUUGGUUCGGUGGUUUGCAUUGUCCAUGUGACGACCACCACUAAGUUCAGCUCCUUUUCAUUUGCUUUCAUCUAUAAGACCCGACUCAUCAUCACUAUGACCAUCAGCAAGAGAUGCCUGAUGCCCAAGCUCCUUCGCCCCA